UUGACAAGCAUGAGGCGCAUACUCAGUAGGAAUUUAUUUAAGCAUAUCGGUGUUUUUGGUGGAAAUCCUCCGUCUCACGCCUCUUUGACGGGGAGACACAGCGUCUUUGCACUGAAUUUCUACCGGAAAUCAACGAGUGACCGUACAAACAUGGACCUGAGCGACAUGAGGAAGAAAUACAAAGGAGAUGAGGAGUGCUUUGAGGAGAGCCAGCUUGUGUCUUUGGACCCGAUUAAACAGUUUGGAAGCUGGUUCGAUCAAGCCACCAAGUGCCCUGAAAUUGGAGAGGCAAACGCUAUGUGCAUUGCCACCGCCACCAAAGACGGACGUCCUUCUGCUCGUAUGGUCCUCCUGAAGGGUUACAGCCACGAAGGUUUCCGAUUCUUCACCAACUACGAGAGCCGAAAGGGCUGCGAGCUGGAGAGCAAUCCAUACGCAUGUCUGGUCUUCUACUGGGAACCUCUGAACAGACAGAUUCGUAUCGAGGGCAGUGUGGAGCGAAUCCCCCUCCAGAGCUCCACUGAAUACUUCCACUCCCGACCGAAGAGCAGCCAGAUCGGCGCCGUCGUGAGCCGCCAGAGCACCGCGGUUCCUAACAGAGACUAUCUAAGGCAGAAAAACGCAGAACUGGAGGAGAAAUACAAGGACACAGAGGUGCCGAUGCCCGACUACUGGGGCGGCUACGUCGUCAAACCGUACCUGAUCGAGUUCUGGCAGGGACAGACCAACAGGCUGCACGACCGCAUCGUCUUCACCAAGCCGAAGGACGGGGAGUCUGAGCCGGGGCGGUUCCAGCACGCUGCAGAGGCCGGCUGGCUGUACCAGCGGCUGUCGCCAUGAGAAGCUCCCGAAUGGACCGUCGCUGCAGAGUUAGAGCUGAUCACAGAUUAAACCUCACUGGAAGCUCGUCUGCAGCUGAUGGAAACGUCGAUGUGUGUAGGAACAUCGCUGUGUUGUCUGUGAACCUGACUGGACUUUUUAUUUUUCAUUAAUUCUGGAUACAGGAAGUGGAGCGAAGGGCUCCUGCUGCUGUCAGAUAAUGAUUGACAGCAGCGCUGGUUGAUGAGCAGCGCUGUGUUUCACCUCCAGGACCUACAAACUGUGUCUUCUUUCUUGAAAAGCACGAGCUGGACCGCUGACCGUCUCCUCCUUUGAUUCAGCUUCAUGUGGCCCAUUUCCACCGUGGAACCAUCAGGAACGCUGCUCUCUUUGUGAUCAGUUCAGUGAAAGAAAAUACACUCAGUGGCCACUUUAUUAGGUACGCCUGUGCAAUCGAACGCAGUCCAACACAGCUGUUCUGCACUAAAGUCGACUUUUCGGGUAGUCAGAAGUGUUAAUUAGCAUCAGUUAGACUAUUUAGCACCGAGGUCACAGUCCAUGAUGAAGCUGUGCUGGACGUCGUUAUACCGAGAGGAGUUUCUAAUAUUCUGCCCCUCGCUUGUGUGUAAAUCCAACAUAUAGUUGAUUUUACACAUUUCAGACAGUCACUAAACACUGAACAUCGUGACCUCAGUGAAGGUGGAGUUUAUGGCAGAGCUGAUUUAUGAAUUGCAGUAGAUUUUGCAGGUGUGCCUAAUAAAUUGGCCACUGACUGCAUCCAUUCUUUAUUGUUUAUUUUUGGAAACUAUAUAUUUCUGUUAAACUGUCUGUUUGAUUGGAGACUAAAUGCACAUUUUUGCACAUUCAGCGCAGCUGCUGAGCAUUAACUCGACUCUCUUAUAUUAUCAAUCCAUCUGUGUAUUGAUCAGCUGAUCUCCAUUUUCCUUAUGAUUAGCACGAUGCCCGUCCUUUCCAGGUUUCUUUCUGUGAAUUUACUGCUGCAUAUCAGUGUUUUUCUCAGACAUUGUAGAAAACUAUAACACCCAUCAAGUCGAGUGUUACUAAAUUCUUCCUGUGGCUCAGACUUGAACUGACUUUAAUCCAUUAUGAUGUUAUGAUGUUUGCAGCAGCCCCCACGUCCCACCUGCCGUCUAAUAGCAGCUUUGAAGAGCUGAUGAUCUGACUCGUGAUGUUUGUACUGUGUGAGAGCUGGACUGGUGUUUACUGCUCACUGAAUGUUGUUCUUACUGGAAUCAGCUGUAAAAAUGGAGCCAGUGAUAAAGUUAAAGUUGUGUUUGUGUUUGUCCAGCAGGUGUCAGCAGCAACACGUGCACACACCACAGAAUAACUUCUACAAAGUGCAGCUUUACAAAUUAAGACUGAACUACCCAGAAGUGUAAGCACAGCUGAGGCAAAGAGAUCAUUAAUUGAUCAGUCAAUUGUUUAAUUAGCAACUUUUUUUCAUGUAAAAGAAUGAAUGUGUUUGUAAUAAUGUGGAGCUUUGGACUAAACAAACACUGUGAAGGCGUCACUUUGGCC